GCUGAACUCGCCACAGCGACUGACAACACAUCUAACAGUUCAUCAGUCUCGCAAACAUGGCCACCCUGAGCUCGAAGCCAGGCUUGCGUUACAGUGUGUCUGACUGGGCGACUAAUAACACACAGAUAUCACACACUGCGGAGAACAAGCGCAAUGUUUCAAACGAGAUACGCCAGGAAGGAAGAGCUCUGCGCAAUGAGACGACCUGUAAGACAAACUGGGAUGAGUAUGACAGCAGCAGGCGACUGAGUGACAGGAUCAAUGACGUCACGCGCUGGAAGGAGAAUCUGAAAGCUUGUGCACAGCAAGUGGAUGCAGAAAUGGACGCUCUUACUCUGUCCAAGGAGGCGACAGAACGAGCCCUUGCUGCCACUGUUCUGCCCCUUGAAGUCACUGCCGAGUGCUUGAACCUCAGAGAAGGUCGUCGUGGCAAGGAGCUGGUCUGUGACCCUGUAGAAGCUGAACUGAAGAAGGAAGUAGAGGUGCUUGAUGGAGCACAGCGCAUCCUUCAGCAGUGCAUUGAUCAGGCUUUUGAACAGCUGUGUCGCUUACAGGAAGCAAGGCAACAGCUGACAAUUGAUCUUCAGGAUAAAAUAGAGGCCCUUGAUGUGGACAUGUCAUGCUUGUCUCUCACUAUACGGUCACCUGAGAUCUCCCUGAAGCCAAACCCCACAAGAGUGCCGCCCGGUUCCACAACUCCACAGCAGUGGGAGCAGUUCAGUCGAUACAAUGUUACCCGAGCUAAAGAAGAGAUGCAGGCCUCUGUCCAUAUAAGAGAGAACAACAGCAUCACAAGAGCACAGGUGCAGAAUGAGCUGGAGGCCCAAAGAAUGACAGUGGAGUUUGCUCUCCGUAAGCGAACUCACCACGAGGAACAGGCCUACCACGAAAUGCAAUGGCAGCUAAAAGCUACUCAAGAAGAGAUUGCCGAGCUGGAGCAGGACAUUUGUCACCUAGAGGAAGACAUGCAGGCCAAGACGGCUCCUCUAAAGCUUGUCCACACCCGUCUAGAGAACAGAAUCAAGAGGCCUGGCAUGGACCUGUGCCGAGAUGAGGUUCAGUUUGGUUUGGUGGAUGAAGCCAAGCAACUGGAAGCCACCAUUCUAGCACUGAAACAAAAGUUAGCACAUGCCCAGCACUCUCUGCAGUCUCUGAAACAGCAUGAAGCUCAGAUGAUGGAGGAUUUGUCGCGUAAGCAGGACGCCCUGUCGCUGGAGCAGCGUAGCAGCCAGACCCGUCAGCGCCUGACUAUGGGGGUCCAGACUGAGGGUCUGCCCUCAGCUGUGGUGCCUCUCACCAAUUCUAGUGGCAGACACAAGCUGGACCUUGCUUGAGUUAACACCCUGUUUCACAACUCAUACUUACGGUGACAUCACAUUUGCCAUUGCUCAUAAAUUUUUUAUGGGAAAAUCAAUUUAUUCCCACAGGAAUAGAGUAAAACAAAUUAAGGUGACCAGACUUGCCACUUCGCAGGGAUUUGCCUGCUGCUCCCAGCUCUCUUCCAUGCUAGGCUGCAUGGAUGCAUAGGGAGUUCUUGUCCAGAACAGAACCAUAUUGCCAAUACAAACUGCUAAUUGUCAGUCAUCUUUGUUGAUAAUGGUCCUGACAGAAAUGUGCAAAUCAAUCGUUGUAUCACCUGAGCAGAAUUUGCCCCGGGAAUUGGCACGUCUGGUCACCUUAUCAUAAACAUUUCCCAUGCAGACUUCACUUGUGUUUAAGCUGGAAGUGUUGGUAUUGAAAGUGACUGAUAUGUGUGUAGUUCAUUAUACAUCUCUACACUAUUGACAAUACUGUAAAAGGUAUAUAUAUAUUUUUUUUAUAAUUUUAUAAUUUCUUCACUAAUGUGACCAAACCUUUAGUCUAAAUCGAUUUAAAGGAGUCAUAUUUUACUUGUUCUUUUAAAAUUGAAAUCAUAACUGAGAACUUACUCUUCAGCCCAAUGCAGAGUUGCCAGGUUUGCAAAACAAAACCAGCUCAAUGGCCAAUCAAAACUGGCCAAAAAAAAAAACUUUAUAUAUAUAUAUAUUUUAGGGGUGUAACGAUACGCGAAUUCGUAUUGAACCGCAUACGAAUACGUAUAAAAUAAAAAAACAACGGAAUGUCGCAUCUACAUGACAAUAGGGUACACCAGCGGGAAUACAAAAACAAACAAAAAAAAAACACCAGCGGGAAUCCUUGAAACAUUUCAACUCAUUUACGCCGACAUCACCUUAGUGUGUCAAUAUCUGGGAAAAGACGAAAAAGAGGAGAAACAUACACACAACAAACUAUCCCCGCAGCAUUUAGACAGACAUUUCCAACUGACUCAAACAGGGCAAAAGACAUCACCGCGGCAAUUGGUAGGCUACAUUUACGUUACAUUUACAUUAUAGCCGCGGAUAUGAGACCUUACUAUUUACCAUUCAUUCUAUCAUCACCAUUAUAGCUUACAGGGAAUCCAAAGUGCACCCAAACACCAGACCUGUUGGUUAUUGGAGGAUCUUCUAUUUCUGGUCUGUUAAAUGCAUUAGACAUUUUGCAACGAGCCUUCAGCGCAUGCUGAGUGAGCGAGCGCCUUAGGGGCCCGUCACAUAUCGAUCCUAAAAACACGUGGAAAACGCUAGGCGCGUCUUUCUCCUUUUUUCCAAAGCGCUCGGGCAGAAGCGGCGUCUGUCUUUGCUAAGCAACAAUGACGUGCUCUCUCCAUGAAGACACGGAAAUUUCAGCAAAGGAUAAAUGGAUUUGCAGCUCUAAAAAUCGCUUGCAGUAGGCUAGCUCUGCUACUAAAUUUAUUUCAAAAUAUGAUCUAUGAUCAGCUGUUCCUUCAUCUUGGCUGAGCUUUCAACGUUGUUACGGGAAAGGAUGAAGCUGCUUGGUUAGUUCUUGUCACAUGACCCGCAGUGCGCUUGCAGCAUUCUGCAAAGUUGAGAUGUUUUUACAUUUUACUGUAUCUAAAACGUACCGAACCAUACCGAACCGAACCGUGACAUCAGUGUAUCGAACCGAACCGUGAAUUUUGUGAACCGUUACACCCCUAAUAUAUAUAUGUACAGUGCCGCUGCUAGCCAUUUUGGUGCCCUAAGCAUAAUUCCUUUAUGAUGCCCCCCACCCCGACCCUGAGAAAAAAAAAUAUAUAUAUUAUUUAGUAUUUUCUAUACUAGACUCUAGCAAUUAUUAAAUAUCUUUAUUGUUCCCCCUUUUUUGUUACAUAUACAUGCCUAAAAUGUGGCAAAUAUUUCUAUAGGCUAAUGAAAUAAUACCGGCAUUUAAAAUAAAAUUUAAUUAGGCUAUUUUUGGUGCCCCCUCAGCACUUGGUGCCUUACGCACAGUGCGUGAUGCGCGUGGUGGGAGCGGCGGCGCUAUAUAUAUAUAUAUAUAUAUAUAUAUAUAUAUAUAUAU